ACGUCACACUCUCGCGAGAUGAGACUUGAGCUGUCGGGAUUAGCCGCUAGGCCGGAGUCGAGGAGCUGAACAUAAAUGGCGUUGUUGGACGUAUAAGCCUCGAACAGGGACUGCGGGUUGUGUUAAGGAAAGCGCCAGUGCUGGGCGAGUUCUGGGUUUCUGCUCCAAGAAGAUUCCUCAAAAGUUCCUUUUGGUUUAACCAAAUUCUAUAUUUAUAGUGCGAGACUUGCCAUUUGGCAUUUUAGAAAUCAAGGAAAAAAAAUUGUGCUACAAUGUCAAAGUCUUUUCAACAGUCAUCCUUAAGCAGAGACCUGCAAGCCCAUCAUAGGCGUGAUACUACAGGAACGGGUCUACUUACUGCUAAUCAGUCAUUAUCUAUUCCAUCUUCUCUUGGAAGGAUGAACCAAGGGACUAGCCGUCUUGCUAGUUUGAUGAAUUGUGGAACAAUUUCUAAAUUAAAUCAGCAAGGACCUCCUUUAUCUAGUUCCACUUCUCACAGCUUGUCAUCUGUCUUUGGCAUCGGUACCAGAGCUCCUCUAUCUUCACUUCGAGGAGAUUCUGAUCAGGCCAGUAAAAUUUUGGCCAGCUUUGGUCUUUCCUCAAGGGAUUUGGAUGAAUUAAGCCGUUAUCCUGAGGAAAAGAUUACUCCAGAAAACUUGCCACAAAUUCUUUCGCAGCUUAAGAGGAGGAGAUCAGAUGACAUUCCAUUGGGGAAUUACAGAGAAGGUAGAUCAGCUCGGGAGCAGUUAAGAGUUCCUAGUGAUGAAUGGGAGGAUGAAAGAACCUACAGGAGAGGACGUUUUGAUGAUCGGCUUUCAAGCCUUAACCCAGUGGUUGACUAUGACCAUGGCAAUCACGCACAAGGGUCUAACUAUCGUGAUCGAAUGGAAUUUAAAAGUGAUAGGCUAAGAGAACAUGAAAGGGAUAGUGAAGAGAAUCUCUAUUGUGAUACCCCAUAUCAAAAAUAUGAAGAUGAUUAUGAGAGACUGAGGUACAGCAGAUCUCAAGAAAUGUUUGAUAAAAACAGAGGUUUGCCCUCAAGUAGCAAUGUUGAGGAUUUCCAUGGAUUGUUACCAAAAAAUUACCCACAUGUCUGUUCUAUAUGUGAUAUGCCUGUUCAUUCAAAGCAGGACUGGACUCAACAUAUCAGUGGACCAACUCACAGAAGACGCAGCCAGCUUCUUCUUGAAAUCUAUCCUGACUGGCAUCCUGAAGCAGGACAUGGCGUGGGUGAUCCGUAUGUGCUGCAUCAGUCUACUAACCCAGCACCAGGAAUUUUGGGACCUCCACCUCCCGCCUUACAUAUGGGAGGUGGCCAAGAUGGAGGUCGAAGAAGUCACAGAGGGCACCUAGAUCUGGGAGAAGACAUGCCAGGAGCAAGAAGCAUCCAAAAAGGCAGACAGGAUAACAGUAGAGUUGUUCAUGUCAUGGAUUUCCAAAGGGGAAAGAACUUAAGACACCAGCUCUUGCAACUUGCAGAGCCAUUUGGAGAAAUUUCAAACCAUCUAAUUUUAAACAAAAUAAAUGAGGCGUUUAUUGAAAUGUCGACUUCUGAUGAGGCUCUGGCUGUAGUGGAUUACUAUAGAGCAAAGACACCUCUUGUAUUUGGAAAACCUGUUCGAAUGUAUUUGUCUCAAAAGUAUAAGAGAAUUAAGAAACCAGAAGUCAGGCCUGAACUGAAACCUGUUGUGAAACCAGAUGUUGGUGGUCGUGUGGUUCAUCUUAGUAACUUGCCACAUUCUGGCUAUUCUGACAGUGCCGUAAUAAAACUUGCUGAGGCAUAUGGAAAAGUAAAAACCUACAUAUUGAUGCGAAAGAAAAACCAGGCGUUUAUUGAGAUGGAGAACAAAGAGGAUGUACAGACAAUGAUUGAUAUGUGCGAAAAAAAUCCACUUUGGUUUCAGGGGAAGCAUUUGAAGGUAGACCUUUCUGGAAAAUACAAGAGACUUGUUCUCCGGAUCCCAAAUAAAGCUGUUGAUCAGCUUCAAAAAGAAAAAGAAAGAAGCAGGAAAAGAACACAUUCUCCUGAACAGAAAGAAGGCUCAGCUGAUAAGAAAUUGGCGAAAAAAGAAGGCAGUGUAAAGGCUGAAAGCAGCCUCUCUUCUGCCUUUGUCAAAGACAAGUCUUCCCCUGGAAAAGAUUCCGAGGAAUUCAGUAAAAACCCUGAGGAAGAGACAGAGCAACAGGAACUUGUUACAAUUAUGGAUGAAAGUGAUUAUUUAGUGGAUGAGGAUGGGGAGGAAGCAGCAGGCACACUUCUGGAGACCAGUAGCUCAGUUGGAGAUGAUGUUGAGCAGCCUUAUAAUAGUGAUCCCAAUAUGAUAGAGAUGGAGGUGGAAGGAAAUAUGAUAAAUGACCCUGCCAGUGUCCCCAGCUCUACUGAAACAGCACAGGAAAAACUAAAAAGGAGUUUGCAUGACUUCCCUGGCAAUAUGGAGGACUUUGUUACUCUUGAUGAAGUUGGAGAUGAAGAAGACUUUGAAACCCAAAAGAUAAAAUCUGGUUUUGUAGAAAAUGUACUUGAUUCAGCACCUGAUAUUAAUGAAAGCUUAACUGACAUUGUUAUGGCAAGCACAAGUGUUGAAGAGCCUGAGCCUGACCCUGAACCUGAACUUGAUAAUGAAGCCACCAUUGAAAAGGAGCAAGAAAUUAUUAAAGAACCAAUGGAAAUGCCAGACAACCUUGAAACUCACCACAGUGAGAGUUCUGUUGAACAGAGUAAUGUAAAAGAUUUGCUAAAGGAUUAUACCAUUGGCCCUUUUCAACCAGAUAAUCCUGUUGGUGUUGAGUAUGUCAUUCCAAAGACUGGCUUUUAUUGCAAGCUCUGUUCAUUAUUCUACACUAAUGAAGAGGCUGCUAAAAUUAGCCAUUGCAGCAGUUUGCCUCACUAUCAGAAACUCAAGAAACUCAUGAACAAGAUGGCAAAAAACCUUCAGAAGAAAGACUAAAAGUAACCGCAAGAAUGGAACGUUUGGAUUUCGUUCUUUCUUUUUUAUAAUUGUUUUUUUGUGUGUGCUUGUUUUAAUUCAGCUAUGUUCUGGAUAUCAGUAGUACAUUUGGGUUUCUAGAGUUCCAUGAAGCAUUUUAGUCCACCAAAAUGUAUGUGGUACAUGUUUUAUUGCUGAUUAACAUUUCCUGCAUUUCUCAGAUGUAUGAAUAAAUACUGUUAUGAACAGAGGU